CGAGAGAACAGUUGAUACCGCCGCCUGUUAGGAAAAAAUAAAAAAGAAAGCAGCCGGCGGCGCACAUCGAUUACGUCACCGUGUACGCUUGACGUCAACAAACAUGGAGGAGUAUGCCCGUGAGCCUUGCCCCUGGAGGAUAGUGGAUGACUGUGGAGGGGCUUUCACCAUGGGUGCAAUCGGUGGAGGCGUAUUCCAAGCAGUGAAGGGCUUUCGAAACGCUCCGGCUGUAAGUUUAAAAAAAUUAAAUAUCAUGGUAGUUUUCUCUGUGACUCCUCAUCCUAAAGUGAUUGUUGUAACAUUUCAGGGUGUUGGACACAGACUCAGAGGAAGUGUAAAUGCAGUGAGAGUAAGAGCUCCUCAGAUUGGAGGUAGCUUUGCUGUCUGGGGAGGCCUUUUCUCCACGAUCGACUGUGGUUUAGUUCGCCUGAGAGGAAAGGAGGAUCCGUGGAACUCCAUCACAAGUGGCGCCCUGACCGGCGCCAUUCUGGCAGCACGCAGUGGUCCGCUAACGAUGAUGGGCUCUGCAAUGAUGGGGGGAAUCCUGCUCGCGCUCAUUGAGGGCUUUGGUAUUCUCCUGACUAGAUACACAGCACAGCAGUUUCAAAACCCUUUGCCGUUUACUGGGGGGGCAGACCCCAGUCAGCUCCCUCCGCAGGACGGAGAGCAGCAGCAGCAGCAGCAGCAGCAGCAGAGGACUAAAGGAUUGUUUCACUAGAUACCUUCUGCGUUCACAGUGAGUCCCACCGCAGCGUAACGGAGCGACAUCACUGCUAAGAGGACUUUGAAAGUAGAUGCACUUUGUUGAAAUACCUCAGGGUAAAAUGUUGUGAUUUAGUGUUUAAGAAUGAAUUUUGAGAUGUAAGAAUCCUUCAGAUACACAUUAUGUUUUCUUCUGGAGAACGUUUUGUUUGUUUUGUGUCAUUCCUGUAGUCUCUUCUCCUUAUGGAUUUGUUUAUGUGACAUGUAUCUAUGCUAGAAAUAUUGCAUCUUUCUUGAAUUACUGAGAGUUCUCCAGCUGAUUUUAUUUCUAUCCAGUUUUUAGUACAUUUACAGAGCUGACCUGUGAAUAAAAAACAUUUUACAGAUUA